AUGCACAGUGCUGCUAUCUUAGCAAAGGAAAACAAGAAGCUGAGAGCUGCAGUUGAGAAGAAAAAGUGCAAGAAGGAGCAAGCUCAUACAUUUCUAGCUCAGAAUGAAGCUCGAACAGCUGAGGAAGAAAUAGCUAGAGCUCAAGCAAUUGAUCAAAUCAUACAGGAGAGGGUAGAGAAUUCAAACUAG